AUGGUGGGCCCGGUCUUUGCGGUGAGCCGUCCAUCCCGACCCGCCAGCCGGGAUGGCCGGCUUGCCUUACUGAUCAGGAAGGUCAGCCUUGCGGCGGGCCGACUUGGUCAGGGAUCCAAGCCCUCAGACCAGGUCGCCGGCAGAACUGCCGUCAAGCUCAAUCUGCAAGUGGAGCCGUAG